CGCCGCCGCCGCGCCUGGGCAACCCGAGCGAGCCGCAAGUCCCGGGCCGGCUGGCGCUGCGCUGCGCGGCGAGCCGAGCCCCGCUGGAUUUUCUUCCUUCUCCACUCCAGCCCUCUCUAGUCUGGGCGGCGACGGCCGACGGCAGGGGGAUGGGGACCCCGCGCGGGGAAGGGGGUGAAGAUCGAUGAAGAUUAUUGUUCUUUUAAAGGAUGCCUUAGCUUCCUCCCUUCCGCCGCCUCUGCUCGGAGCCUGGCUACUAGAGAUCGAAGCAGUCGGGGAUGUAAAGAGAGAGAGAAAGACUCCAGGAGCUCCAGCCAGCCGGGGAGACCCUCCUCUCCGGGCAGGGGAGGGGGAUUUCCAGCGACACAUCAUUGGCGAAGGGGAUCGUCGCAGGGAGAGGAGCCCCCGGAGGGAGCGGGGAAUUCCACAGCCCUUUGUGCCGCCUGCUGAGCGGGGUCUGUGGGAGCUAGCUUUGUCAAUGGAGAUGCCUGCCCCAGAGAGAUUUUGCUUCAGCUGACCUCAUUAUUUUAAGGACCCUGGCUCUGUGGCUUUGUCCAGUUCAAAAUGGCAGAAAAGGCUCCCUCUGGCUUAAACAGAAAAACAUCAAGGUCAACACUUUCUCUUCCUCCAGAACCUGUGGACAUUAUCAGGAGUAAAACGUGCUCACGGAGAGUUAAGAUCAACGUGGGAGGCCUCAACCACGAAGUCCUGUGGAGAACGCUGGACAGGCUGCCCAGGACACGCUUGGGGAAGCUUCGAGACUGCAACACACACGAGAGCCUCCUGGAGGUGUGCGAUGACUAUAAUCUGAACGAGAAUGAGUACUUCUUUGACCGACAUCCUGGAGCCUUCACGUCCAUUUUAAAUUUCUACCGGACAGGGAAGCUCCACAUGAUGGAGGAAAUGUGUGCGCUCUCUUUUGGCCAAGAACUUGAUUACUGGGGGAUUGAUGAGAUCUACUUAGAGUCCUGCUGCCAAGCCAGAUACCAUCAGAAGAAAGAACAAAUGAACGAAGAACUGAGGCGAGAGGCAGAGACCAUGCGGGAGCGAGAAGGAGAAGAGUUUGAUAACACCUGCUGCCCUGAGAAAAGGAAGAAACUAUGGGACUUGCUGGAGAAGCCCAACUCAUCAGUGGCUGCCAAGAUCUUGGCUAUCGUGUCUAUCCUGUUCAUCGUACUUUCCACCAUUGCUUUGUCUCUCAACACACUCCCAGAGCUGCAGGAACCAGAUGAAUUUGGACACCCCAAUGACAACCGCCAGUUAGCGCACGUGGAGGCUGUGUGUAUUGCUUGGUUUACCAUGGAGUACCUCUUACGGUUCCUGUCCUCACCAAAUAAAUGGAAGUUCUUUAAAGGCCCGCUGAAUGUCAUUGACCUGCUGGCUAUUUUACCAUACUAUGUCACCAUUUUCCUCACAGAGUCCAACAAGAGCGUGCUGCAGUUCCAGAACGUAAGGCGCGUGGUCCAGAUCUUCCGAAUCAUGCGAAUUCUUCGGAUCCUGAAGCUUGCCCGACAUUCCACCGGCCUGCAGUCUCUGGGCUUCACCCUCAGACGGAGCUACAAUGAGCUGGGCUUGUUGAUACUGUUUCUGGCCAUGGGGAUCAUGAUAUUUUCUAGCUUGGUGUUUUUUGCUGAGAAGGAUGAAGAUGCUACCAAAUUCACCAGUAUCCCUGCAUCAUUUUGGUGGGCCACCAUCACCAUGACCACUGUGGGCUAUGGUGACAUCUACCCUAAAACAUUACUAGGGAAAAUUGUGGGAGGUCUCUGCUGUAUUGCUGGGGUUCUGGUUAUUGCCCUUCCUAUCCCAAUCAUUGUGAACAAUUUUUCUGAGUUUUAUAAGGAGCAGAAACGCCAGGAGAAGGCGAUUAAAAGGAGAGAGGCUCUUGAGAGAGCCAAAAGGAAUGGAAGCAUCGUAUCUAUGAACUUAAAAGAUGCCUUUGCUCGAAGUAUGGAACUGAUAGAUGUGGCUGUGGAGAAGGUUGGAGAGUCAGCCAAUACCAAGGACUCAGCUGAUGGUAAUCACCUGUCUCCAAGCCGGUGGAAAUGGGCCAGGAAGGCUCUGUCGGAAACGAGCUCCAACAAGUCUUACGAGAAUAAGUACCAGGAGGUUAGCCAAAAAGACUCCCACGAGCAGCUGAACAACACUUCUUCCUCCAGCCCACAGCAUCUGAGUGCCCAAAAACUGGAGAUGCUGUAUAAUGAAAUCACCAAGACACAGCCUCAUUCUCACCCUAGUGCAGACUGCCAAGAACAGCCCGAGAGGCCAACCUCAUAUGAAGAAGAGAUAGAGAUGGAAGAAGUGGUCUGCCCACAGGAGCAGCUAGCCGUGGCGCAGACCGAGGUCAUCGUGGACAUGAAGAGUACCUCCAGCAUUGACAGCUUCACUAGCUGUGCCACAGACUUUACAGAGACCGAGAGGUCUCCCCUGCCACCGCCCUCUGCAUCUCACCUGCAGAUGAAGUUCCCCACCGACCUCCCAGGGACAGAAGAGCACCAAAGAGCCAGGGGCCCCCCAUUUCUAACGCUAAUCAGAGAGAAAGGGCCCACUGCCAGGGAAGCCACACUGGACUAUGCCCCAAUUGAUAUAACUGUGAACCUCAAUGCCGGUAGUUCCCAGAGUGGGCUCCACAGUCCUUUGCAGUCUGACAGUGCCACUGACAGUCCUAAGAGCUCGCUGAAAGGGAGCAACCCCUUAAAGUCUAGAUCCCUCAAAGUGAACUUUCAGGAAAAUAGAGGCAGUGCACCCCAGACGCCACCCAGCACAGCCAGGCCACUGCCAGUAACGACAGCAGACUUUUCGCUCACCACCCCACAGCACAUCAGUACCAUCCUGCUGGAAGAAGCCCUCCCCCAGGGAGACAGACCCUUGCUGGGCGCUGAGGUUUCAGCACCCAGUCAGGAACCUUCCAAAGGGCUGUCCCCUCGGUUUCCCAAGCAGAAACUCUUUCCUUUCUCCUCCAGAGAGAGGAGGAGCUUCACUGAAAUAGAUACUGGAGAAGAUGAAGACUUCUUGGAGCUCCAAGGGGCACGGCCAGACAUGCAGGCGGACUCCAGCCCCAACUGCUUUGCAGAUAAGCCUCGAGAUGCUAGAGACCCUUUAAGAGAAGAGGGCUGUGUGGACUCCUCUUCCCCACAGAACACAGGCCACAACUGUAGGCAAGACAUUUACCAUGCUGUGAGUGAAGUCAAAAAGGACAGUACUCAAGAAGGGUGCAAGAUGGAAAACCACUUGUUUGCCCCAGAAAUUCAUUCCAACCCAGGAGACACGAGUUACUGUCCCACACGCGAAACCAGCAUGUGACUAGUUACAAAAGCAAUAAAAAAAAAAAAAACUUGUUUCUUAAAAAUGCAGUUAAUAAUGCCUGUGAACUCUUACAUGGGAAGCCCCUCCCCCCCAAAGUGCAUAAAAUGUUAUUUUUUGCAUGGCAUGAACAGUUUAGUUUAAGUACUGUUUAAAUAAAGAAUCAAGACUGCAUUUUGUAAUAAACAAACAAGCAAAAACAACUGAAGAACAGUGAACCAAUAAAGAGAGCUCUAUUAGGAACCA